AAUGUCAUAAUAAAUUGCAGUUUGCUGUGCUAAUUUUCUUUGUUUGGAAAAUCAAUUCUAAUUAUAAUAGAAAUAACUAUCACUAACGACACGAUAGACGAAAUUAUUACGAUAGUUACCAGUUUAAUUUAUCAUCAGUGGAUAUUUUGAUUAAAUGACGCCAUUGCGGAAGUAAAUCAAAGAUGAGCGAUUCGAAAUCUUUCGUGAAUUUUUCCUGCCAGCGAUGUCUUCAGCCUUUAAAGUUAGAUGAGUCUUUGAACAACUUGGGGGAGCAUACUAUUGCCGAUUUGACGCUGCAGAUUCGUCGCAACAAUGAAACAGAUUUGGAUAUGCAAUCAUCGAGCUUGGAGCAUUAUGUGCCCCCGUUUCGUAUGUCCGAGUCAGGGAAUGGGGCUAACGGGUUUAUGGUGAUAUCGGAUGGUUGGGAAACUACCUCUGUAGGACACCAGUUGCACGUAAAAGCGACUUUAUUUGACUGUUUAUCGAACAAUUCUGAUGUGGACCAUCCAUUGUGUGAUGAAUGUACAGACACGCUUCUAGAGCUUAUGGACAACCAGUUGAGAUCGACUGAAGCGGAAUGGAAAGACUAUAAUGACUAUUUAAAAAAGCUAGAGAAUGAUAAGGAAGAUUUAAAUUUGGAAGGACUUGAGAAAGAACUCGAAGAUAUGAAGCAGGAACAAGACAGGCUUUUAAAAGAGUUAUCGUCUUUGCAAAAAGAAGAAAAGGCUAUGAAAGACGAAAUUGAGAUUCAAGAGAAGGAGAAAGAGAGAUUGGAAAAAGAGCAGGAUGUCUAUUGGAGGGAAUAUACGAGAUAUCGCAAAGAUUUGAUGAUCACUGAAGAUCAGAUGAAGUUUUAUGAAUGUCAGCUUGCGUAUACUCAAACUCAGCUGGAGAAGCUUAAAAAAACGAAUAUUUUCAAAGCAACAUUCCAUAUUUCGGAUUCGGGGCAAUUCGGCAUUAUAAAUAACUUUAGACUUGGACGAUUACCUACUGCUCCCGUCGACUGGUCAGAAAUUAAUGCAGCUUGGGGCCAAACUGUGUUACUACUCUCAUCGUUAGCCAAGAAAAUAAAUUUCUGCUUCCAGCGAUACCGUCUUGUGCCAUUCGGGAAUCACUCUUACAUAGAAGUAUUAGAAGACCAAAAGGUCUUACCGUUAUAUGGUUCUGGGGGCUUCCGGUUUCUAUGGGACACAAAAUUUGAUGCCGCAAUGGUUGCUUUUCUGGAUUGCCUGCAACAAUUUAAGGAACAAGUUGAAAAGGGAAAUACGGGCUUUUGUCUUCCAUACAGAAUAGAUAAAGGAAAGAUCGAGGACACAGCAUCCCCGCCUCAUGCCUAUUCUAUAAAAAUACAGUUUAACUCGGAGGAGCAUUGGACGAAAGCUUUGAAAUAUAUGCUGACGAAUUUGAAAUGGGCGUUGACUUGGAUAUCGUCUCAGUUUAGCGAGGAUAAGAUAGAACAUCAAUAGUACCUUAAUCCGCUGUGAUAUUAGCUUGUAUUCUUGUACAUUUUAGUGAAUAAAUGUUACAUAAUA